AUGCACAGCAUCAUUGGGCUUUUUGGCCUGCUCGGCGGCCUUUCUCUUUGCAGCGCUGCCCCAGCACAGAACAUCACCAGCGAUGUCUACUUUUAUGGAGACUCCCCUGCCGUCUACCCAUCGCCGGAGGGGACGGGUACUGGCUCUUGGGCUACAGCGUAUGAAAAGGCAAAGGCGCUCGUUGCUCAACUCACGGACGAAGAGAAGGUCAACCUCACAGCAGGAGUCAGCUCUACCACGGGCUGCUCUGGCGUAAUUGCAGCGAUUCCUCGCGUGAACUUUCCCGGGCUCUGCGUGAGUGAUGCAAGCAAUGGACUUAGAGGAACAGACUAUGUCAACGGCUGGUCUAGUGGCAUUCACGUCGGUGCAAGUUGGAAUCGUACGCUUGCCCACCAGAGAGCGGUGUACAUGGGCCAGGAGUUCCAUCGUAAAGGAGUGAAUCUUCUCCUGGGCCCUGUGGUUGGCCCUCUUGGCCGGGUGGCCGAAGGGGGCCGCAACUGGGAAGGGUUCUCGAAUGAUCCCUAUCUUACCGGAGCACUGGUUUAUGAGACAGUCCAAGGCGUUCAAUCUUCAGGUGUUGGUGUCUCUACCAAGCAUUACAUUGGAAAUGAGCAAGAAACAAACCGAAACCCUGGGGUUGAAGACGGCGUCGAGAUCGCCUCUGUCUCAUCAAACAUCGAUGAUCAGACAAUCCAUGAACUCUACCUCUGGCCUUUCCAGGAUGCUGUCCGAGCGGGAAGUGUUGCAAUUAUGUGCUCGUAUGAGCGUAUCAACAAUUCAUACGCAUGUCAGAAUAGUAAGACCCUCAAUGGGCUUCUGAAGACCGAGCUGGGAUUCCAAGGCUAUGUAAUCACUGACUGGGGGGCUCAACACGGUGGUAUCGCCUCCGCCAACGCUGGACUGGACAUGGUGAUGCCCGAAUCCACCCUCUGGGGAGCGAACCUCACUACCGCUAUUGCUAAUGGAACAAUGGAAGCAUCCAGGCUGGAUGACAUGGUGACCAGAAUCCUUGCCACGUGGUACCAGUUGAACCAAGAUACGGAUUUCCCAGCCCCAGGUGUCGGUAUGCCUGCAAGUGCCUACUCCGAACACCAGGCUGUCAUCGGCACCUCGUCUGACGAGAAGGGUACAUUGCUAGACAGUGCCAUUGAGGGUCAUGUCCUAGUAAAGAAUACCAACAAUGCCCUUCCCCUUCAACCAUCACGGUUGGUAUCUGUCUUUGGAUAUGAUGCGAAGAUACCCGAUGCAUUUGACCUUACUUUUACCUUCUUGAGUAGCAGCCCUCCUAUCCAGAACUCCACACUCUAUGUGGGCGGUGGCUCUGGGGCUAAUUCACCAGCCUAUGUCAUCGCGCCGCUUAAUGCCAUUCAGCAACAGGCGUAUCAGGAUAGCACAGCGGUGCUAUGGGAUGUCAGUUCUCAAGACCCCGACGUGGAUCCGACAUCUGAGGCUUGCCUCGUUUUCAUCAACAGCUUUGCUACGGAAGGCUCUGACCGACCAGGCUUGACCGACGAAUACAGCGAUACCCUGGUAACCAAUGUCGCCGGUAAAUGUAACAACACCAUCGUUGUCGUCCACAAUGCCGGUAUCCGACUGGUGUCCGAUUGGAUCGACCAUGCGAAUGUCACGGCCGUCAUCCUGGCUCAUCUCCCCGGUCAAGAUACCGGUCAUGCCUUGGUAGAUAUCCUCUACGGUCGGGCCAAUCCCUCCGGCCGGCUCCCCUAUACGAUCGCGAAACAGGCAUCGGAUUAUGGCACGUUGCUACAUCCGUCCGAGCCACAGACGCCGUAUGGACUAUUCCCCCAGUCUGACUAUACCGAAGGGGUCUACAUUGACUACCGGGCCUUCGAUAAGCAAAGCAUCACCCCGCAGUUUGAAUUUGGGUUUGGCCUUUCGUACACGACGUUUGACUACUCGGGGCUGAAUAUCCAGAAGUCCAACGGCACCACCUCCGAGUAUCCUCCGUCUGCCACGAUCCAAGAGGGGGGAAACCCUCACCUGUGGGAUGAGAUUGUGACCGUGACGGCGGAGGUGCAGAACAGUGGAUCGGUCGACGGGGCGGAGGUGGCCCAGCUCUAUGUGGGGAUACCCAACGGGCCGAUCCGCCAGCUGCGUGGGUUCGAAAAGGUGCUGAUUGCCUCGGGGCAGACGGUCCAGGUGAGUUUCUCGUUGAACCGGCGGGAUCUGAGCACUUGGAGCGUGGAAGCGCAGCAGUGGCAGCUGCAGUCGGGCACGUACCAAGUUUAUGUUGGACGGUCGAGUCGGGAUCUUCCCCUGACGGGGGAAUUCACCCUCUAG